AGAAGGCGGUGGUGAGGUGACCAAAGAAGGCCUAAAGGGAACGCAUAGCAUAAAUUAGGUGAGGUGAGGCGAGGCGAGGGACACGCACUUUCUAAUUUGUAAUUUCUAUUUCUUGGUUGGCACGAAGCGAAGCUAAGCAGACAGAGAAGAGAGAGAAAGCGUGAGAGAGAAAAAGAAGGGUAUCGAAUACGAAGAAGCUCUGGAUUCCACCCCUUCCCGUCCUUUGAGACGGUGGCUAUGCUGCUUGCUCUUCAGAUUGGUCUGGAUUUAAAUCUAAAGGGUCGUGAUUUAUAUUUUGAGACAUGGAGGGAGCUUGUUUCUGGACAAAUUGCCACAAGUAUCGGUCUUUUACAUUCCAAAAAGUUCUUGAUUGGCGGUUUUUCAUCCUUGGAGAUUUUCUUCUGGUUUCCUUUGUUAAUUGCACUUAGUGUUCCGUUCCCCAUUAAUGAUCAGCACAGGGUACGUGAUGCUAGUUUCUUCUGAUACAGGUGCUGCAUCUUUAGUGCACUUGUACAAUGCAUUGCUGACCCAACAUUCAGUUAAAAUUUCUGGUAAAUCCUCUUCUGGGGGCUGAAGUAUAUACAUUGUUGACUGAAUAUUGGAUUCUGCCUGUAUCUUUGAGUGAAGCAUUUGCAUUGGAUCAGUGCGGAUUGUAGUUAUUGGCAAUCGUCUCCUUGUUGCUCUUUAUGGGUAUUGUUGCCGGCAAUACAUCAGUUACCUGAAGGUUCUGAAUCAAAUCCUAUUAGAUUAGAUGAAGUAGAUAUCAUUCUAGUCCUGAAGUCUUGGGUCAUAGUGAUUUUAGCUACAGAUUAAUGCUAUUGCUUUGAUCAAUAGUUUUGGUUGGACUUGAGAAGUGUCAGUAUGAUCUCUGGUUCUUGUUCAUUUCUACCUCCCCUGUCCUGCAACCAUUACAAAGCUGUGGAUCUAUUAAUGAAUAAGGCUGUGCAGCCCUUCCAUCAGAAAGUUUCUGCGUCUAUGCUGUCUUUUCCCAUGACAGAAAAUUGAUGGUGGAUUUUGCUGAACCAGCAGGCAUCUGUUAAUAUUUUAUACACCUUUGAGAAUCAUCUACAAGAGAUAAAUGCCAUCUAUCUUUUGUGUUUUUGUUUACAUUUUUUGAAUAAAGAAAGUGCUACUUUGUGUUCCACGGCAACAAUGGAAAGGUACAAGUUAAUUAAGGAAGUUGGUGAUGGAACUUUUGGGAGUGUCUGGAGAGCUAUUAAUAAGCAAACUGGCGAAGUUGUUGCGAUCAAGAAAAUGAAGAAAAAAUAUUAUUCUUGGGAGGAGUGUGUAAACCUUAGAGAGGUCAAGUCAUUACGAAAAAUGAACCACCCAAAUAUUGUGAAGCUGAAGGAAGUUAUUCGAGAAAGUGACAUUCUGUACUUUGUUUUUGAGUACAUGGAAUGCAACCUGUACCAACUAAUGAAAGACAGGGAAAAACUGUUUUCUGAAGGUGAAGUUAGAAAUUGGUGUUUUCAAGUUUUCCAAGGUCUCGCAUACAUGCACCAGCGUGGAUACUUCCAUCGUGACCUAAAGCCUGAAAACUUGCUGGUUACCAAGGAUAUCAUCAAAAUUGCUGAUUUUGGCCUAGCCCGAGAGAUCAGUUCACAACCACCCUACACUGAGUAUGUCUCCACACGAUGGUAUCGUGCUCCUGAAGUGCUGCUUCAGUCGUAUCUGUAUAGCUCUAAAGUUGACAUGUGGGCAAUGGGUGCUAUAAUGGCUGAGCUGCUCACUCUCCGUCCUCUUUUUCCUGGUGCCAGUGAAGCGGAUGAGAUCUACAAAAUAUGUGGUGUGAUUGGUAAUCCAACCACUGAAUCAUGGGCUGAUGGGCUCAAACUUGCAAGGGAAAUCAACUAUCAGUUUCCACAGCUUGCUGGUGUACAUCUUUCUGUAUUGAUCCCAGCUGCAAGUGAUGAUGCAAUCAACCUUAUCACUUCACUUUGUUCAUGGGAUCCAUGCAAGAGGCCAACAGCUUCAGAGGCCCUUCAACAUCCUUUUUUCCAGAGUUGCUUUUACAUUCCUCCAUCCCUUCGAACCAGAGCAGUAGCAAGAACUCCACCUGGUUUGUUAUAUUUAUAUAUUUUGUUAGCUGCGGAUAUGCUUGUUGUACAUUUGUACAGGAUCUUAAUUGUCGCCCUUUUCUCAGCUGGAGCCAGGGGAGCACUGGAUCAGCAAGGGGUCAAGAGAUAUUCUGGUGCUUUGCCUAAUUCAAAGCUCACAAAUAAUUUUUCUUCCCCAAAACUACAUCCUCCUUUGGUUUCAGGGGUGCAACGGAAGCUGGAUAUGGUAAAUCUGAAUGGAAUUAAGAACGAAAAAUCAAUAAAGACUAUUAAACAAUCAAAAUAUCGACAGCCAGGAAAGGACAGCCCAACUUCUCUAAAUAAGGGGAGGACUGGACGUGGGGUUUCAGAAACAGCCGAGAGGUUGGCCAAUAUGUCUGUUGGUACUCGAAGACAAUCGAUGGGACAAGCCCGUCCUCCUCCAAUGAAGGCUGGAGUCAAUUGGAUUUCUGAAUCUGGAAACUACAUGCUCAGGACAGCACAACAGAUUCCGACUGGAAGAACUUUCCCAAGAAAAGUGGCCGGAUGAGAAGUAUGUGUUCACGUGGAGAUUCUAUAAUGCUCAAUAUUGUUUAUGUUCUAGUAUAAAUAAUCAAAUAUUAUGUGGGUUUGGGACUUUCAUCUGAUGACUUUGGCGAA